ACAUUGCGCAUGUGAUCUGGAAUGGAAAGGAUGGCUAAAUGUAUAAUUCACUAAUCAUCAUCACUAGCUGUAGUGUUCUCCUUUCUCCGGCGGUCUCUCUCUCUCUCUGGGGUUAGCAUGCAUGGCAUUUUUCAUUUGUUCGCUUUUUCACCUUUCUCUGUCACUCGAGUCUCUCGACUUGGGCACUUGCAUCUGCAGGCGGUUUUCUCUCUUUUUCUCGAGGUAGUACUAGCCUCGUCAUUGGGGUGGCACUCUGUCCUUUCCUUCUACUUUCCUUUUUCUUGGCGGGCGAUAACACUUGUACGUACACAUCUGGGUUCUCGGAUUGGGAACAGUGGGUUAUCGGACUAGGAUCGUGGGGGUUAUGGUCAUGGAUCAGGCACGCGGUGUCUAAGGGAUUCUAUUGGGAGAGGAAAGGAGGGACUGAGAAGGGCAGGGUGCAGCAACU